AUGAGUUUGGUGGCAGGGUCAUACGAGCGUUUCAUUUGGGGCUACAAGCUGAAUCGUUCACUAACCCUAACCCCACUCUUCUCCUUCCCCUCCCACCACUCCACCAUCAAAACCAUCGCCGUUGCCGGCACCGCCGCGGUCUCAGGCGGCAACGACGACUGCGUCAAAAUCUACGACCUCGCCUCCUCUUCCGAGGUAGGAUCCUUCCACCACUCCGCCUCCGUCGCCUUCUACUCCCCACCUUCCCUCUCCUCCCUCCUGCGGAACCUCCUCGCAGCCGACGCCAAUGGCUCGGUCUCCAUCUAUGACGUCGACCCCUUCGUGCUGCUCAAAUCCGUCAAAAUUCACAAAAAAUCGAUCAAUUCGAUGUCCGUGCAUCCCUCGGGUAAGAUAGCGCUGACCGUCAGCCACGACCAGUGCAUGGCGCUGGUCAAUUUGGUGCGAGGAAGACGGAGCUUCUACUCCAAGAUCGGCAAAGAAGCGUCGCUUGUGCAAUUCGAUGAAAGCGGCGAUGAAAGGGGUCGCCGCUGACGGCAGCGCUGGGUUUGAAGUGUGGUUUUAUGUGGUGGCGGAGGGCCGCGAGGCUGGCGGGAAGCGGGCGGAGAGGCAGCGCAGGCGAGACAGAAGAGCGGAGAUGAUAUCCGCCGGGGUGAGAGGAAGGGACGAACAGAGAGAAGAAA